AUGAGAUAUAUUUUCCUAUGUUUCACAUAUCCCAAAAAUCAGCAUCAUUUUUUUCUUUAUUUCAGAGAAGAAAUUAUCACAUUCGCUCAAACUAAGUCUCUCCAUAUUGACAAAGCUGGUUCGACUGAGCUCAAAUUUGUCAUCCUAGACGAAGCCGAUGCUAUGACUAAGGAUGCCCAAAAUGCGCUUAGAAGGGUAAUUGAGAAAUAUACGGCAAAUGUACGAUUCUGCAUAAUCUGCAAUUAUCUGUCAUCGAUCAUUCCAGCUAUUCAAUCCAGGUGUACUAGAUUCCGUUUUGCGCCACUGUCUCUAGAGCACAUCGUCCCUAAAUUGGAUUACGUGAUCGAGCAAGAAAAACUGACGGUGACGGAAUCCGGCAAAGAGGCGCUAUUGAAAUUGUCAUGCGGUGACAUGCGCCGUGUGCUGAAUGUAUUGCAGAGCGCUUCGAUGGCGUUUCCGAAGAUUGAUGAGACUGCUGUCUAUCAAUGUGUUGGUCAGCCCACUCCAAAGCAUAUAGAGAAAAUUUUGCAAAUUUUGAUGAACGAUAAUUUUUCAUCAGCUUGUCGAAAAUUGCAACAAAACUGUGGCGGUGAAGGAUAUGCGCUGGUGGACAUCAUUUCGCGAUUGCACGAUGUAAUAUUUCAGUUGGACUUGCCGUCAAAUGUAAGUAACUUUGUUUUAUGA